UUAGAGCGGGCUAUGACCCAGAGUAGUGAGCGCCUUCUGUUGGGAGCAGAGAAGAGCUUCCAUUCAACCGCCAUUGAGUCAAUGGCAGUGGCUCCAAUGAAGAAGGAUUAUCAAAAUCAUAGCAGUAGAAGUUGGAAUCCAAAGUCCAGAGAGUUGGCCUUUCUCCUCCUCUAUGCAGCUGCUUUCUAUGCAUUCAUCAUUCAUCGAUCUCUUCAACUUUCUCACGAUCAUUACACCAAGCUCUUUGGUUUGCGUUCUGGAUGGUUCAUAUCUCAGCGAUUCAAUGAUGUCUCUGAUGCCCAAUGGAGGAACUUUCGAGGAAAUUUGCCUAUUCUCACUGUGGUUUUCACAAUUUUUGCAUUUGUGGCCAAUGCAUUGAGAUCCUUUUUGCAUUUAAAAGCGAAAGGGAUGUCUGUUAUUUGGCUCUUGAUUUCUUUGGCAUACCUCUCAUAUCUUCAUGGUGCUUGCAUUGUGUUCAUCAUCUCAAUUGCUUCCGUGAACUUUCUGCUCGUAAAGAGAUUUGCACGAACAAAGUACUUCUCUUUUGUAUUUUGGAGUUUCAACCUUUUUUUCCUCAUUUAUAACCGUGUUUAUGAUGGAUAUUCAUUCUCCACACUAGGCCAAUAUUGGGCAUUUUUGGACAACUUUCGAGGAACCUUUCGAUGGCACAUAUGCUUUAACUUUGUUGUUCUGCGAAUGAUAAGCUUUGGUUAUGAUUACCAUUGGGCACAUCAAGAUUCACGAUCCAAUGUUAAGAAACAUAUUCAACACUGCCAGUUUUGUAAAUCUGGAAAAACUUGUUAUCAGUUUUUACAGGAGAGAAGUGUACAGGAUGAUAAAUUUGCCUUUACUAUAUAUCUUUCUUAUUUGGUUUAUGCACCUCUUUAUCUCGCUGGGCCAAUAGUGAGCUUCAAUGCAUUUGCCUCACAGUUAGAUGUGCCUCAGAAUAAUUUCUCAAUUAGAGAUGUGGCGUGGUAUGGUGUUCGUUGGGCCUUCAGCCUUCUCCUGAUGGAACUAAUGACACAUCUAUUCUAUUACAAUGCCUUUGCAACCAGUGGUGCGUGGAGACAUUUAUCUCCUGUGGAUGUGUUUAUCGUCGGAUAUGGGGUUUUAAACUUCAUGUGGCUCAAGUUCUUCCUGAUAUGGCGCUACUUCCGAUUCUGGUCACUGAUAUGCGGAAUUGAGGCCCCAGAGAACAUGCCCAGGUGCAUUAAUAAUUGCUAUAACUUGGAAAGCUUCUGGAAAAACUGGCAUGCUUCCUAUAACAAAUGGCUAGUGAGGUAUAUGUAUAUUCCUCUUGGGGGAUCUCAAAGGAAGCUACAGAACAUUUGGGUUGUAUUCACAUUUGUUGCCUUAUGGCAUGAUUUAGAAUGGAAGCUUCUUUCUUGGGCAUGGUUGACAUGUUUGUUCUUCAUUCCGGAAAUGCUAUUUAAAUCGGCAGCAAAUGCAUUUCAGGCUACAAGCGCUUUCAGAGAGUUUGUUCUGCGUGAGCUUCAUGCGGUUGCUGGUGCUGUCACAAUCACGUGUCUCAUGGUUGCAAACCUUGUUGGCUUUGUCAUUGGGGCUUCAGGCAUUAACUGGUUAAUUUCUCGCUUCCUCGAAAAGGACGGUAUACCUGUUUUGGCCGGAAUGUUGGUGACAUUUUACGUAGGGACCAAGCUUAUGUUCCACGUGCAAGAUUUUAAGCAAAGUAGGCAUUAAAUUUGAAGGUGCACUACAUUUACAUGUCCCUUAUGGGUUGAUGAGUUUCUCAGAAUCCAAGACAUGCAAACUUUUGGUCCUUGAUGGCAUCAUGUCCAUAUAAAAUUGUAGAGAUAGAAAGGCAUCGAGAAUCUUUCUUCCUCUCAAUUUGCCCUCAACACUUUUUUACUCAAGAAGUCAGAACCCUUUUUUUUUUUUUUUUUUUUUGCACUUCUCACAUUAGAUAAAUCUCAAGCCCCUCCUAUAAUUUCUCCCAUUGUAAUGUUAAUGGCAAGUUUUGAUUGGAAU